AUGGACAACGGUUAGCACGAGGUCUAUCGAACAAUAGGUAUUGUAUUGCUUGAUAUUUAAUUUUCUAAAAUUAUAGAAACUAGACCCACCUAGUUCUUGUUCAAUUUCGAUUUUCACAAAAUUAUGAAUAAUAUAUUCAGUCCACCUGGAGGAUCUAAGAAAUAUUAUUUACAAGUUGCAACUAUCAAAGUUGCCAUCACCACCUGGUGGGUUUGA